UGCCAAGGGCGGAGGAAGAUGGCGGCGGGGGCGAGGUGAGGUGUUGGCAGUAAAAAGGGUUUGGGCGCGGGGGGAGGGGGACGCGGAGCGAUGGCCCGCGCCGGCCGUAGGGGUAGAUAAGAAGCCGUCGUGCCGCCGGUGUGGGACGGAGGGAGGGUAGGACACCUGGGCGCCACGAGAGUAUGACGGGGCUGUACGAGUUGGUGUGGCGGGUGCUGCACGCUCUGCUCUGCCUGCACCGCACGCUCACCUACUGGCUCCGCGUUCGGUUUGGCACUUGGAACUGGAUCUGGCGGCGCUGCUGCCGCGCCGCAUCCGCCGCGGUCCUAGCGCCGCUCGGCUUCACGCUCCGAAAGACCCGGGCUGUAGGCAGAAACCGCCGUCAGCACCGGCACCCACGAGGGGGCCCGGGAGCGGCCGCCGCCCACCCCCGGCUACGCUGGCGCGCAGACGGCCGUUCUCUGGAGAAGCUGCCUGUACACAUGGGCCUGCUGAUCACCGAGGAGGAGCAGGAGACCAGCUACUCGGACAUCGCAAGCCUCGUGGUGUGGUGUAUGGCCGUGGGCAUCUCCUACAUUAGUGUCUACGACCACCAAGGUAUUUUCAAAAGAAACAAUUCCAGAUUGAUGGAUGAAAUUUUAAAACAACAGCAGGAACUUCUGGGCUUAGAUUGUUCCAAAUACUCAACAGAGUUUGCAAAUAGUAAUGACAAAGAUGAUCAAGUUUUAAAUUGCCAAUCAGCAGUGAAAGUCCUGUCCCCAGAAGAUGGAAAAGCAGAUAUUGUGAGAGCUGCUCAGGAAUUUUGCGAGUUAGUAGCACAGCAGCAAAAGAAAUCCACAGAUUUGGAUGUACAUAUGUUAGACAGUUUACUUAGUUCAAAUGGUUUCCCUGAUCCUGAUGUAGUAUUGAAGUUUGGUCCUCUGGAGAGCACACUAGGCUUUCUUCCCUGGCAGCUGAGAUUGACUGAGAUUAUCUCUUUGCCUUCCCACCUAAACAUCAGAUAUGAGGACUUUUUCUCAGCCCUCCGUCAAUAUGCAGCCUGUGAACAGCGUCUGGGAAAGUAGUGACCCCUGGUUGCAUAAUUUGGUUUCAGGCUUUUGGAGAAAAGGACCCAAGUGACUGAUGUUUACAAAGCACCUACGAAACCCUAUAUACACCUAAUUCAUAAUCUUCAUAAUUUAUCAACAAACAAAAAAGUGUCUUACUUGAGAGUAAGAGUAUGUGUGAGUGAGUGUGUGUGUGUGUGCGCGCACGCGUGUGUGUGUAUAGAAAUAAACUUAUAAAUGGGGAAAUACUAGAGAAGGAAAUACAUGGACUUGCACCUUUGAGCAAAUAGCAGCACUGUUUUAUGAGCUGAAAUUUUAGUUUUAAAGGUUUCAGUCCCAACUACUUCCCUGUUUUUGUAGGGAGAUGAGUGGGUAUUUAGGACUGUUUUGUUGUUGUUUUGGGGGGGGGGGGAAUAAUUUUUUUUUCAGUCUUUCCUAGUGACCAAACUUUGAUUUUUAAGAAUAAUAUAUUGACUUAUUAAAUGGAGGCAUUCUGAGUUUGAGGGAUUUCCAGAGGAAUGGAGUUCUGUGUUGCUCACAUUUUAAAAACUUGGUCAGCAUUGGAGCAGAGAGAAUACCUAUUUUCAGAUAUCCGUCCAUUUUCAUCUCAUCAUCAUUGUCAAACAGUGUGACUUGAGAACGUUGAUCUGGUGUCUUUGUUCUGGGUUGUGAAAAUCAUUUGAAAAAGAACUCUUACAACAUUGAAAUGCAGAAUUUAAAAUUAUUAAAUACUGUAUUAGGCAGUCAA